AUGGAGGUGAAACAAGCAGGAUCGUCACUCGAUUUCUUGAUCUCAUCAUUCAACACUCGAAUUGCAGAGCUCCAAGAACUCGUCAUCGCUCGCAACAUGUAUCCGGCAAGCAGCGUCACCGAUUUAUCAGCCGUCGAUGCCGCAUUGAAGGCUAUGGAGCUUCAGGUGCACCAAAUCAAACACCGAUUGCACGAAGAGACCCAAGCUAUCCCCAAGGCCAAAAAGCUGAUUGAAGCAUCACUGCAGCAACAAAAGAAAUUGCAGAGCAUGUCUGCUUUUGUUCCAGCGUAUCUGCCAGAAAAAGCUACAGCUUUGCAUCAAGAUAUAAAUAGAGGCUUCAAUAUGCUCUCAGAAACCUCCAAAGAAGAUUUUGCAUUUGGGACUUUGAAACUUGAGGAGGAACCUGCAGUAUUACCCAAAGUAAGGAACUAUUUUCUCUGUAUAGACUUGAUGUUUGCUCAUGCUGGGCAUGUUCAAAACUCUCUCGAAUCACUUUUGUCCAAGCUGUUCGUAUCUUGA